AGCUGAAGGGACAAGCAUUUGAAGAAAGCGACGUGCCGAGUGGCGAAGGUUGAGGGUUGCUGUGCAAAAGCAUGUCAGCGAACGCCUAAAUUCCACUUGCGCUUUCUUCUUUUCACCACAUUCCCACCCACCCACGAAACCGCAUGCGUGUAGCGCAGCGCGUUGAGUUUUCUCUCUCGAAGGGGAGAGUGGAAAAACUGAUUCUGUGCCUCGGCUACGACGAUGGCGCCCUUGUCUCUCGCACCCGCGGCGCCCUCGCCACGCGCGUGACACAGCAUCUCUUACGGCAUUGCCAACCAGGGCAGAGCGACGUGCACAACCCAGAGGUGACGCGCGCCAACGCACGCGAUCGGCACGGCCGGCCGCGUCUCUUCUACGCGGCGCAGGAGAGGCAACGCCGACGCGGCAACCGCCACGGCCGUGGCGAGGCGUUGCGCACUCCGCAGACGUGGGACACGAGUCGCGUCGUUGACUUCAUGGGUGUGUGGUGCGACCGUCUGUUGCUGGGCGAUGACCGGCGGCCAUCGCGGUGUGCGGUACUGGAGCCGCACGUGCCGCCGAUGCUGUGGGGAGAGUCGAUUGCACGGGUGGCGCAGUCGCACCGGUGUCUCUCGAGGGACGACAUUUUAGUAGUGAAAUCGGACGAGUCGCUGCCUUUUGGUGUAGUGCGGCUUCGAUUCGAAGCACCCGCCUGCACCGCCGCCGCCGCAGCAACAACAGCAAGUGCAGUGCAGACGUCCUCCGCUUCGUUUUUGCGCGGCACAACUACCGUAAGUGAGGCGUUGAAGUUGUUUACCGCACCCCAGCGACCGCCUUCGUAUCUUCAACUCGGCAUAGGUGCUGAUCACGGGACGCAAUCUCUCUUCACCACCGAGGAGACGCACUUUGCUGACCACCUUCUCCUUCCCCUCUGCACCUUCACGGCAGCGCUGUGGACGGCAAGCCCGCACAAGGCAGCCGACUACGUUGCCGCGCUCACCGCCAGGCCGGAGACGCUCACCGAAGCGACGGCGAACCACCGGCUCUGGCGCACGAUGCAGCACGCGAUGUUGUCCACGCGAGACACGGCGCUGCUGCGCGCCUACUUCAGCGAUGCAGCGCUGGAUGCCCGUUUCAGCCCGGCGCAAACGCGUUACUUCGCCGAGACGCUGCUGCGGCGGUUGCGUGAGGAGGAGUUGCAGCGCUGA